AUGCCCACCCAACUGAACUCCAGCUUACAAGCAUUCAACCUCGCCGUGUCCACAUUUCUCAAAAACCCCUCACAACUCCUCCCGAACCUCACCAUCCCAACAUUCAUCCAACUCCCCGAACAACUCGGUCCGCACGUCUACCCAUCACAACCGCAACAAUCAAGGAACUCUCCUUCUUCUUCUACAUCUCCUUCUCCUCCUAGCAGAUCACCACCCUUAAUCCGCGCUCUCGUCGUCGAUAAAGACAACACCCUCUGCCCACCCAAAACGACACUCUUCCCAAAACCAUACCUAGAUAAACUCCACUCUCUCCGAACAUCGCCUACCUCGCCAUUCAACAAAGACAAGAACCCCCACUCGAUUCUCAUCGUGUCAAACCGCGCCGGAAGCAGCGCAAUCCACGAGGCAGAGGCGCAGGAUCUGGAAUCGAAGCUAUCCGAUCUGAAGAUCCCCGUGUUUCGACUACCCGCAGGGUCGAGGAAGAAGCCGUUCUGCGGCGCGGAGGUUCUUGCGUGGUUCCAGGAGAGGGGCGUCGUUGAGCGCGCGGAUGAGAUUGCGGUCGUUGGGGAUCGGAUUGGGACGGAUGUCUUGAUGGCUGUGGGAAUGGGUGCUUGGAGUGUUUGGUGUAAGGAUGGGGUUACCGAGGGGGUGGGUAGGGAUGCGGGCAAGACGGGGUUGGAUUAUAGGGGGUUUCUGGCGAAGAUGGAAAUCGUGGUUGAGCGGUAUUUGAGGGAAACGAAGGGGUUGAGACCUUCUGUGCCAGAGGGUUGGGAGGCUUAA